CAGUUAUUUGAAAGGCUAUGAAGACUUGAGAUAAAUGCUACUAAUAAACGUGAACACUUCUGAGUAUUAUCUCAACCUAAAUAACUUCAAGAUGUCCGAUGAACAAUUUAGAAAAUCCGAUUUAUUAAGGGAAGCAAACGAUCCCGCGGAAAAUCCAAAGGUGUGUUCUUUCAGUAUCGAAAGAUUAUUAGCACCAAACAAGAAAAAUGAAGAAGAAAAUAAGUUUCUACAGCAGACCGAUUUGUCCCCACAUUGCCAAGAAAGUAAGGAAUCGGACACGGGAAUGCUUGUCGCUCCCGAUUCAUCCAUGUCAAUAGCGGAGGAAAUUGAGCUUGAUGAUGCCGAUAUGGUUUGCUCGACAUCUCCGGAACCAGACAUGUAUUACGAAGUGUGCACCAGCAGCAGCGGCGCGAAUUCCACCACAGCAACAGACAGAGACGUCCAAGAGAAGAACGCCGGCGCUAUUAGCGACGACGAGAGGAAGAAGAGACCGCGUACUGCGUUCACUGCCGCGCAGAUUAAGUCCUUGGAGGCAGAAUUUGAGAGGAACAAAUACCUGAGUGUGGCGAAGCGGCUGCAGUUGAGCAAAAGCUUAAAGCUCACGGAAACGCAGAUAAAGAUAUGGUUCCAAAAUAGACGGACCAAGUGGAAGAGGAAAUAUACUAAUGACGUUGAAUUGUUGGCACAACAAUAUUAUUCGAGUCUAGGAAUUCCAGCACCUCGUCCCAUUUUUGUUGGAGAUCGAUUGUGGUUUUUUAAUUAUCCAGCACAACCACAGCCAGCAGUACCGCUUUUCCCUCAGCAUUUAACGCCGUUGCCAUUGCAUCCUGCAUUGCCUAUUGUACAACCACUACCCAGUAAUUUGUCAAUGAGACAACAAACGUCUAUCUUCCAAAAUAUGCCAACCAAUCAUAUUACACAUCAUCUUAAUCAAAGACUGGACUUCAGGCACCAUGAUCCUUAGUUUUAUACAGGUGCAUCCAUCGAUGGUGGAGAAACAUUAAUAAUACUAUUGUCUAAUAUGCGUAAUGUGGCGUAAUGCUAAACUUGAUAAAAACAGAUGUUUUAUUAUAAUUUGUUUAAAUACUAAACAAGUAAAUAGGAUUCCAAAGGAUUAUUAUAAAAGAUAGGCAUAUUACAUAAACAUAUAUCUGUGCUCCAUUUAAUUUGUAUUGGUUUGAAAUUAUGUUUUACGUAAAUGCAUUACAGCUGAUUUUCG